AUGGGCGACUCCAGCAACCACAUGGAGUGGUUGCGUGAACGCUUCUUCCAACAGCUUCACCUUUACCCCUCAAAUGACGGGCGAUACAGCCGAUUCAAAUCCAUUUGCGCCGACCUAUCCAUUUAUGAGCGGAAUCUUUUGCUCGAGGAGUGGGGAGCAAGACUGUCCGACCAGCAGAACCAAUCAGAUUCCGAUCAUUCUAGAUGGGCUCACGUGAAUGAUCUCGGCUGGUAUCAGAUCUUUGAUGAUGAGGGUGAUGAGGACUUUAGUCGUUUCAAGCGUGAUGAAGAAGAAGAAGAAGAAGAAGAAGAUUUCAGCCACCCUGAAGCGGAUUCCGACAUGCCAGAGGUUGAUACCGAGAAUGGAGCCAACUUGACAUCGGUGUCUGAACCCAUUGUGCCUGGAGAUACUGCUCAAGAUGAGUCCAAAACGUUAACUGAAGCUGGAGCGGGCAACAACUCGGAACAUCAGCGUCAGAGUCCCGGAUUACCUGUUGAACUAACACGGCCCACUCGAAGCGACUCCCAGCGAGCUAAAGGAUCUUCCUAA